AUGGCGGAUGAAAAUCAACCUCAACCAGGAGGUUUGGAAAAUCUUAUUGGUGCAGUCUUUCUAGGAGCCAGCAUAGCACUUAGCUCGCAUUCUACCAUAAGAAUGGCCGUAGUGCGUGCUGGCAAUAAGAUGAUCUACUUUCCUAUAGUCAACGUCGCAAUGCUUGCGAAUGAAUUUUCCGCCGUACUUAUGAUUCUGUCCAGCUCUGGAGCAUUAGGAAAUCAAUGGAACCUUUGGGCUCAAACCGCAAGCAACCUCGCAUACUUUGUAGCAAAGCCCAUAGUACUUUAUCUUGCUUUUUUACGUUGCCGGGCCGUCUUCGAACCAUAUAGAAAAUAUCCUACAGUACAUUACUUUCUGAUCGGGUUACGCGCGAUUGAAUUAUUUGUUGUACUCAUAGUGAACGUAUACGAUAAUAUUAUGUGUCAAGGGUUGACCGCGGGAUCCGUUUGUCAUCAAGUAGAUUCGGUUUGGAAAAUUCGUGAUGGAAUGGCACCGGCAUUUAGAUUCUAUUAUAUUUUUUCCGAAGGGACUUUCUACGUGAAACUAUUUCAAACUCUGAAUCUUCAUGGCGACGAUUUGAAAAGUCAGCGACUAUUAAGACUCCGUCGAUAUCAAAUAUUAAUAUUCACUUUGGACCUCUCAUUUUUAAUUUCAAUGAGUGUUUAUAGAAUUUUAGUCCUUAUAAAUGAUAGAUUGCCAUCUUAUACUUAUAUUGAGUUGUUUAGCAGUGCACUUACAGUAUUUGUAAUGACAGAGUUUGGGCUCACCUUAACAAAAUUAUUUCAAACAUCGUCUAGUGAAGAUGAGAUCAGUAUGAACGUGAAACAAAAUGAUAAAAUCACCAUCCCGCAACACGCGCACUUGAGUCAAGAAAUGAAAAAAUCACAACACUCCACCCCUUCAUUAAAGACAAAUACAUUUGGAUUAGUCAAACCAACAAAUAUUAAUAGUAUCAACGUUUCAGCUUCUUAUACAUGCUAUAUGAAUGAAGAUGAAGAAUAUGAUAAGUUUGAUGAGUUGUAUUCUUAUAAUUAA